AAAUGAUGCUGCAAGUUUACACGUUCAUCCGAGAUAACUCGUGCCAAAACACAAUUUAUAAUUUGGUGAAGUUGAUGUCUUAGCUGAGCAAAAUAUAGAUCAAGCUGGAACUAGACUGAGUUACUUUUACCAGAGUAAUCUUACCUGCUUUCUAGUCCUUUCUAGCAAUCUAAUCCUGUUCGACCUGUAAAAGCCUCUCCUGUCAAAAUCAUUGGGCAUUAAAGUGUCACGCUAAAAAUAUUGUGACAUUAACAGUUUUUAUUUCUGUUAUCUUGAUUGUCAGGAGUUACUGUCUACAUUUCACGUCUUAAAAUUUUAUCAAGUUACCCAAAGCAAUGCUACGCCGAAAACCAACACGCUUGGAGCUGAAACUGGAUGAUACAGAGGAGUUCGAAAGUGUGAAAAAAGAAAUAGAGAGUCGAAAGAAACAACGAGAGGAAGUAGACGUAGUUGGCGUUGCAACGACAAGCGAUAUGAGCGGUGCUGCAGGAACUUCUGAAGGGAAAAUAAGAGAGCAGAUACAUGAGCGAAUAGGAUAUAAGCCUCACCCAAAGCCAAACACAUUAUCAUCUUUCUUUGGAAACCUUCAAUUUUAGGCCACCAGUUUACCUAAAAUGUUUUUAAGUUUUUGCGUUUUUGCAGUUUUGACCAGGAAUGGUCUUUUGCUACUUACUAAGUGUUUAAAGACAUAACCCUUCCAUGUUGUACAUAGUUGUUAAACAAAGUAAAGUUUUCUCAGUGUUUUUCUUGGCAUAAACAUAUCAAUACCAGGUACAGCAACACCGAGUGAAUGACAGUAAAUAAAUACAGAACAGUAAACUGUCCUUAAAA